GAACAUGUGUAUGUAUGUGUGUGUGUGUGUAUUUUUUCGGGAAACCCUGGAAUAUUACUCAUGGCCAUCGGGAAACUCUGGAAUAUCCAUUGCGCCACCACGCAAUGCCACUAUUACGUGAACCAUUCACCCAGCAUGCCAGCAACGCAGCGAAAGUGGUGGGAAAAGGGAAGGAGUUUGGAGGCGAAGGGUACACUGUCGGGCAUCUAUCUUAUCGAUUAGUGGUCGGAAGUGUUGGAGUGCUUAGAGCUCGGGUUGCUCUUUGAAAAUCGAUCAGCUCCAUCGAAAAUUGCUCCACAUGAGUGGUAUCAAAUCAAUCAAGCAUAGAAACUGCACCCAGAGGGACAUCUUAACGAAGCCUCCUUGUGACCAUGACCGACCGCCCGAACUACCAAAGGGGUGCAAGCGAGCGUGCUUGAGUGCGUGCGUGCACGCACGCGCACCUGCCUGGACAGUGCACUCGUGAGCUGUGAGGAAAAAUUUCGCUCGUAUCUCGUUGCUCAGCUUCACCACCACCAGUCAGUUACUAUUGGCUUCGUUCUUUCGAAUCUCUCUAGUGCUUCCGUAGAUCGCUUUCCUAUCAAAGGGAGAUGUUGUGGCAAACGAGAGAUGAAGAAAGAAAGAGAGAGAGAGAGAGAGAGAGAGAGAGAGAGAGAGAGAGAGAGAGAGAGAGAGGGAGAGAGCAGCGGGCUGAAUAUUCGCUGGAGCCACCGGGAAAGGGAAAAUUGAGAAAAUUUCCCAUCGAACCAAGUAUCGAACCCAGCGAGAGGGCGAGAAAGAAAUGAGAAAUGAUGGGAGAGGGUGGAGCAGGGAUGCGCAUGUGCGCACCAGCCUCCUGCUUUUUCGUUUGAUUUUCCCGGCCUCCUACGAGGAUGCGUUUCUCUUUAGUCUUGUAGACGAUUAUCCGCCGAUAAGCGACGAAUGUGUUCGCGAGUUAAAUGUCUUCUGUUAAUUAAAAGAGAAGAAUCAAAAGAAAAGAGAGCGAGAGAAAACGAGAGAGUGUGGGAAAAUAUAGAGAGGCGAGCUUCUAGUACGCCACUGCAUUAUGGUAGCGAAAGGCUUGCGAAACAACCGAAGGAAAUCUUAGGAAAACUGGUGCGAUAUUGUAACUCAGAACGGAGCUGCUAAUACGCACGCUGGGUCUCUUUCGCUCUUUGUGCUAACUCUUUCUCUCUCUCUCUCUCUCUCUCUCUCUUCUCUCUCUCAUCUCUCUCGGUCUCUCUCUCUCUCUUUCUCGCGAUACCUCUUUCUCUCUUGUUCUAUUUCCUGCACACUCAGUCGAGCUCAUCUAGACGGCAGUUUCGCAAUCGAAGUCCGUGUCGGUCAGCUCGGUCAACUACUGCUAGUAGCUCAUGUUAGUCUGCCAGAACAGAACAGUGGUACAAGUACAUAAAAGCCUGCAUACUGGAAUCCGGAUUUGAAGUGAACGCAUACUUAGCCCUAGAGCUGUGAGGAGCGGAACAUGUACCAGCGCGGUGCGCCACUGAGUGUAUUAUGUGUGCGUGUGUGAGCGUACGUGGUCAUCGGUCCUAGAAGCCUUCCUUGUUGCCUGGAGCGAAACAGGAGCCUUGACUAUCGACUGCAAUGCACCAGUAAGGGAUAACAUAAGAAGCAGCAUUAAACGGGCAUGGAAAGCAUGCAAUAUUAGGGUGCCAGCGGCACGUUUCGCAUGAUACAAUCCAUCGAUUAGCGAGCACCGAUUUCGUGGACAUCAUUGGGUCCUAGGCCAGUAUUGGAAGAUUGUAGCGGAAGGUGAAGCUUCUUCUACCCCCUCCCCACCACACCACGCCAUCGCUGUUGGACACUUGAAGAGGCCGAAAGCUAAGGAAUAGCCGGUUCGGGAAAUACUGAUCCCCCCAACACUCCACCCCCUAGUGCCAGUGUUUGCUUGCUCUCUCUCUAUUAUGUGGCGUGAGCUGAUUCGGCAGACGAGCGCGCGCACCGAUUCUAGCACUGACGACAGCAGUAACCGCACGUUGAACCAGACCGAACAGCAGCAGCAGUAGCAGCAGCAGCAGCAGCAGCAGUACCUGGGUGCCAUCGCCUGUGAUCAGUGAGCGAGUAGCCGGGCAUAGGAACCCCCAGCACGCACACCCUUUUGGGGCUCGCGCCAUCUCUGCGCCAUCAAGAACGGAGCAACCAUCACAAAUUGGAUUAUCAUACCCCCUCCCUCCACAACCACCACCACCACCACCAUUCACCACCUGUUCGGGCCUGGUGGUGAUCUGCUUGCGAAGGAGUGGUAUCGCAUCAUUCAACACUACGAUCAUCCAGCUUAUGCACCGGGACAGCCUACUGUCUACUGUGACCUCGGGGCGUCUGUUUGUGUGUUUGUCUCUCUGUGAGCAAGAGUGUGUGGCGAGUGAUUAAGAACAGCAAGUGUAGUCGGGAUAGUCUAUCAGCAUUUUGCAAAAGAAGCAGCGGCAGCAGAAGCAGCAGCAGCAGCAGCCAUUUGUAAGUGUUCCUCUAGUGAUUGAGUACAUUUCUUUGGAACAUCAAC